ACCGCUCCGGGAGCACCGAAUAAUUGAUCUUCUCCCUUUAUAUAGUUUUCCCCUAAUCCCUUUCGCUCGCUUGCCUCUCACCCAAAACCCUGCCGUGUUUCUCUCCACUUCCCUCCUCCUCCUCCUCCUCCUCCUCCUCCCUCUCUCCUCUACGUUCCUCCUUCUCUAGGGUUUUCCUCCUACUCUCUCUCUAGGGUUUCAUAAAAUGAGCAACACCAACAAAGAUCAGCUCGAUUUGUCCGAUCUCGGCGCGUCCCUCCCCGCCGCCGCCGCCGCUCUCAGUGCAGAGGAUCGUGCCGGUCUUGUUAAUGCCCUAAAGGAUAAGCUUCAGAAUUUGGCCGGGCAGCACUCGGACGUGCUGGAGACUUUGACGCCGAAAGUUCGCAGGCGGGUUGAGGUUCUAAGAGAGCUGCAGAGCCAACACGAUGAGUUGGAGGCCAAAUUUUUUGAGGAGAGAGCAGCCCUUGAAGCUAAAUACCAGAAGCUUUAUGAACCACUUUACACCAAGAGGUAUGAAGUUGUGAAUGGUGUUGAAGUUGAAGGUUUUACAGCUGAAGCGACAAUGGAUGAAGAGGAUAAAGAAGUAGAAGAGAAAGGUGUUCCCAGUUUCUGGGUCACUGCGAUGAAGACAAACGAAGUAUUGGCCGAGGAGAUCUCAGAGCGAGAUGAAGAGGCCCUCAAGUAUCUUAAAGAUAUCAAGUGGUAUAGGAUUGACAAUCCCAAGGGAUUCAAGCUUGAAUUCUUCUUUGAUACCAAUCCUUUUUUCAAGAACUCUGUUCUGACAAAAACAUAUCACAUGAUUGAUGACGAUGAGCCUAUUUUAGAGAAAGCGAUAGGGACGGAGAUUGAAUGGUAUCCAGGGAAGUGCUUGACUCAGAAGAUCCUUAAGAAAAAGCCAAAGAAGGGAUCUAAGAAUGCAAAACCCAUUACAAAGACUGAAAAUUGCGAAAGUUUCUUCAACUUUUUCAAUCCUCCACAGGUUCCCGAAGACGAUGAUGAUAUUGAUGAAGAUACUGCAGAAGAACUUCAGAAUCAAAUGGAGCAAGACUAUGACAUUGGGUCAACAAUUCGGGACAAAAUUAUCCCACAUGCUGUGUCGUGGUUUACGGGGGAGGCCGUUCAGGGGGAUGAGUUUGAAGACAUAGAGGUAGAUGAUGAAGAAGGUGAUGAGGAUGAAGACGAAGAAGACGAGGAUGAUGAUGAGGAGGACGAUGAUGAUGAAGAAGAAGAGAAGGGUGGCAAAAGUAGGAAGAAGAAGAGUGGAAGAGCACAAGCUGGAGAAGGUCAGCCCGGCGAGCGUCCACCGGAAUGCAAGCAACAGUAAGGUAUCAAGUUGCAGACAACAUCGAAUGGGACAGGUUGGGGUGAUGGUGACAGUGGUGGGUUUUUUUUUUUUUUUUAAUGAAAAAGUUAUGGGUCUUUGAUUUGCCCCCUUUGUUUAUUUAAGGUUGCCUUUUUCUUUUCUAUUUUUUUAUUUGGGGAAAGAUGUGUUCUUAUUAGAGGAGGUUUUUAUGUGGGGUCUCUUCGUCUCUUGGGAUUUCUGGGGUUGUCGUUGGUGUUGUGAAUCUUCGAUGAUACUAGUCGACCAUGUAUUUAUGCAUUGGUCUUUUAAACAAAUUUGAUUGUCCA